GUGAGUAUUUUUUGUGCCAAUGUCAAUAAUUUUGUACGCUGACGAUUCUUCUUUUCAGGAAUGCUUUCUUUAACAGUGCAUAUCAAGGACAACCCUCGGCUUAUUCUCUUGGAGCUGCUUAUCAGCCAAAUAUGAACACAAAUCAUGAUAGCGGGGCCGCAAGCACUAGUAGCGCAGGAUCGUUCAGCAUGAUGCCGGCUAUGCAAUCCUCCGUUUCAGAGGACAAUCUAUACUCGGCCGGAAGUAUGUUUAUGAGCAGACCGGACCAAUACGGCAAUCUCUCUUCCUUGACACCAAUCGUGAAUCCUGCAGAUCAACCUUUACAACCUGCAACAAACGCUGAAGAUCAAUUUGGACAAUCGAACAUCAAUCCGCAUAUAGAUGGUCAAGAAGAGGCAUUUGAAUUAACAGAAGAGCAAAGAAGACGAUCGAUCGAGCAAAAAAAGAUUUGGAAGAGGACAACAAACUCCGAUGCGGCAAUUGCAAGAUUCUUUGCCCGUGUGGUUGCUGCAAGGGAAGGUGAAAUUGAGAAUAACGAUGUGCCUGUUUGUGGUCCUGGUGGAUACAAUAUUCCAGCUUGGUCACAAAAUACGAACUUAUCAUUAGCACAAGAUACUUCGAUCGCUUCUUCUUCCGCAAGUUCUUGGUCAGGACAAGAGAUCAGUGGAAUGACGGGUAGUAUCGUAGGUGCAACAAGUGAUGGACAGAUGACAGGAUCUACGGACCUGACGGGAAAUGCAGCGCAAAUGAGUCAAAGUAACGCACAUACACCUGAAUCAGGAGGACCAGCGAGAAGGGGAAGUGGAUUGAGCCAUUUGAGUCAAGCAUCAAUGCUUCCAUUAUCUGCAAACAAUACCCCGCCAUCCGAUACGGUCGGUUUCCGAAACCAGCGUCCUCCUCCUUUACAAUUUGAUAGUUUGCCGACUUUUGCUCAACAGCAUAAUCUUGCUCAGCUUACACAAGACCGUGGUUCUGCAAAUACGUUUGUCGAAUCGCCAAUGACGACAAUUCAAGGUAGUGGAACGAAUAUGAGCACUUCUUUCAGUCAACAACGUAUGCAACCUUCUGUUUUGACACCAUUAUCAGGAUCUGGUUCAGUUCCGCUUCGAUCACCGUCAUUCAUUAAUCCAAACUCAUCACCUGGUCUUCAUUCGACAGCAAAUGUUCAACAAGAUCUCACUUCAAUGUCAAGACCAUUUCAAACGCCGGUUACAGAAUUAUCUUCUCAUCUUUUUGCAUUGGGACAUUCACGUGGACCUUCAGAAGGUAGCUCAGAAGAAAAAGAUGUUUUCAACGAUCCACAACAAUAGCCCACACAUAUAAAAAAGAAAAGCCUUGUCUAUACACUUGAUUUCGUUUUGUUUUGCAUGCAUGUGUUUUGAUUGUUUUUGUAUUUUAUUAUAAACUAUAUAUUUGUUCAAAAUAACAGAAUUGAUACCAAUUACCAAUGAACCAAUG